AUGAUCACCAAGAAAAAAGUAUCAAACGUGCCGAUUUUAAAACCAUCAGUCAAACAGAUGGUCAGUACUUCUCCCAAGCUAAUAACAAUAGCCACGGACGACGAGAACUCCUUUGAGGAACAGAAUCAAUCUGAACCUACAUCUGAGUCUGAGUGGUAUCCAUCUGAUCCCCUUUCGGGGGGCACCAAUAAUUCUGGAGAAGACGAGACAAGUUCUUCAGAGGAAUCCUCUCCUGCAGACGCACCUGCGAAUAACAUGAAGAGGAAAAGAGACGACUCUGGGGAAAUCGAAGACCAGGAGGGAACCACGAGUCAAGAAUCGCCGCCGUCCUCAAAGCAGCGCAUCCAUUAUGCUCAAGUAACCAAGAAUCACAGCGAAACUCAUGCGGAAAGACCAUCCCUGAGUUACAAAGAAGCGAUCACCUAUAACAGCAAUGCUGAAGAAAAGGAGAACUUCAUCGCUGCGUAUGAAAAGGAGAUCAACCAGUUGCUCAAGAUGAACACCUGGGAAAAGGAUCAGCCUAUCGAAGCACGGGACGUAAGAAAAAACCGAAUAUUGAACACAAUGUUCAUAUUCACCACUAAGCGAGAUGGCACUAAAAAGUGUCGAUUCGUCGCUAGAGGUGACCAGCAAAAACCGGAAAACUUACAGGCAAACACAGUGCACAAUUACGCACUAAUGACCUGUAUGGCCAUAGCUUUGGACAAUGAUAUGUUCAUCACGCAGCUGGACAUCUCAUCAGCAUAUUUAUAUGCUGAGCUGAAGGAGGAACUAUACAUAAGGGCACCUCCACAUCUACGAUUGAAAGACAAAGUACUGCGGUUAAACAAAUCACUGUAUGGAUUAAAACAAAGCGGGGCAAACUGGUACCAAAUCUUAGGGUGA